UGUUUCCUGCUGCUUGAUGAAUCCCUGCUUUCAUGUUGAUUUCUAGCUCCACCUACAACAACAAUCACCACCACUACUCCAAGAACCACUACCACCACCACCACUACUCCAAGAACCACUACCACCACCACCACUACUCCAAGAACAACCACCACUACAAGAAAGACAACCAUUACUACUUCUCCAAGAACGACUACCACUAUUCGAACAACUACCACUACUAUGCCAAAAAUAACCACCAGGAUUCCAACAACCACUACCAGAUCCACCACUACUCCAAGAACAACCACCACUACAAGAAAGACAACCAUCACUACUACUCCAAGAACGACUACCACUAUUCGAAAAACCACCACUACUACCCCCAAAACAACAACCGCCACAACUUCAACAACUAGCACCACCACUACUCCAACCACAGUGGUCACCACUGCUCCAACAACCACCACCAUUGCUAUGCCAUCAACAAUCAACACCACAACUCCAAACCUGACGGUCACCACUGCUCCAGUGACAGCGAGGUCCUCUACUUCUCUUCCAAUGCCAGCACCCACAAGGGACCUCCAGCCAGCUUCUUUAUCUCCUCCAACUCAGACAGCAGAAACCCAGCCUACUACCGUGUAUGAAACAAACAUAACCAGCUCACCAUGGCACUCUUGUUCAACAGAUGGAAAUGGCACUGUGACACAGUCUCCAGAUCCCCACUGGCAUAACAAUCAACCUCCUGCAGCGCUGGCACAAGAAACAUGGAUGAGCACCAACAAGGGAGUCUACAUUGGAAUCUCUGUUACUGUUUUGGCAUUAUUGCUCAUGUUUGUGGUUUUCUGGAUUAGGAGAAGAUAUUUUUGCCUGGGUAGCAAGGUGGAGCUACUACGCGUGAUUCCAUUGAAAGAUUCUCACAUCAGAGCUUUGAAAAAUGCAGCUCUGAAGCCUAUCCAAGCAGAAGACAAUGUCUACAUUAUUGAUGACUAUCACUAAGUCCUGGAUCCAGAUUCUAAGGUGUUAUCCCUUGACUGUAGAAGACAGUGACCAGAUACCGUGUCAGAGUCCUUUCAAUCAGCUGCACAAUUUUCCAGUCAGUUUCCCAUGGCAUUGCUAUGAGUCAGGGACACUGGGUAGAGUGAUGCUAGCUCAACUGUGUAAAGUCAACCUCUGUCACAGAGUCCUAAUUUUUUAUACUAAAUUGGCUCCAACUUUCUGAUCAUUGCAGAGGUCCCUUCAAAGCAUGAAACAUACUUCUUAGAACUGUACAUUCUCUUUAGAUCUCAUGAAUCCUGUUUUCCAUCAAGAAUUCUCAUUGGGAAGAUAGAAAAAAACACUUCUACCUCAGUUACCAAGGCUGUCAAGAAUACCUGAAUUCAACUUAGAAUCGGGACAUCUAGUCUGCGACUUAAAGGACUUAACAUGCAAGCAUUUCAUGAUUGUCCUUUUUUUUUUUUUUAAAUCAACUGACUUCAAAUGUGAUAUUUCUUAGGGUCCCCAAGGUUUCAAAUCAUGGUGUGUACAGAUUUUUAUUUACACAAUAGAAAAAUGGAGAUGAGUGUGAUUUUGCCAUUAUAGACAAAUUUGGUUUCUCGGGGUUCUGAAAUACAAGGCAUUAAAUGCUUUCUUUGGGAGGAGGAUGGUAUUUGAGCAGUUUGAAGAAGCAAUGGUAUUGAGUAGACCAUGAAUACACCAGGAGAAGAAAAUCAAUAGCCAUAUAAUUUAUGAUAUUUUUGCUAUAUCAGUGCCACAAUUCUAGGUGCUUAUGUUGAUAACUGGCAGGCUCUGAAUUUCAGAAUGAGGCAGGGCAGAAAUAAGUACAAGGAAAAAAGAGAGGGAGGGAGUAGCAAAACAAGCUUUGUGUUUUAGAAAAUAGAGUUUGCGAAUAUAAUAGUAUUGUUUGAGAGUGUUACCAGUUUCUACAAAAUGCUAAACUGUUCUCAAACCACUUUGAUUUUUGAAAUUGUUUUGGAAGGAUAAAAGGUCUUUUUCAUAUUGAAUCAAUACCUGUGUUAUAUUUCUUUUUUACAACUCAAUUAAAUUUUGGUUUUCCCAGAAGUAUUAGACAAAGGCUAAAUGUAAGGAUAAUUUUAAUCAUUUAGAAGCAUUUCUACAUGAGAGGUUAAAAG